AACCUCUUGCCCUUUCAUGGCUACCUAGCUUCUAAACUCCUUUCAACACAAGAAAUGAAAAGUAGAAGAAGAAGAAGAAGAAGAGAAGAAGAAGAAGAAGAAGAAGAAGAAGAAGAAGAAGAAGAAAGAAGAAGAAGAAGAAGAAGAAGAAGAAGAAGAAGAAGAAGAAGAAGAAGAAAAGAAGAAGAAGAAGAAGAAGAAGAAGAAGAAGAAAAGAAGAAGAAGAAGAAGAAGAAGAAGAAGAAGAAGAAGGAGAAGAAGGAGAAGAAGAAGGCGAAGAAGAAGAAGAAGAAGAAGAAGAAGAAGAAGAAGAAGAAGAAGAAGAAGAAGAAGAAGAAGAAGAAGAAGAAGAAGAAGAAGAAGAAGAAGAAGAAGAAGAAGAAGAAGAAGAAGAAGAAGAAGAAGAAGAAGAAGAAGAAGAAGAAGAAGAAGAAGAAGAAGAAGAAGAAGAAGAAGAAGAAGAAGGAGAAGAAGAAGGAGAAGAAGGAGAAGAAGAAGGCGAAGAAGAAGAAGAAGAAGAAGAAGAAGAAGAAGAAGAAGAAGAAGAAGAAGAAGAAGAAGAAGAAGAAGAAGAAGAAGAAGAAGAAGAAGAAGAAGAAGAAGAAGAAGAAGAAGAAGAAGAAGAAGAAGAAGAAGAAGAAGAAGAAGAAGAAGAAGAAGGAGAAGAAGAAAUAACUGAAACACUUCGCGCACCA